ACCGUACCAUUCAGCGGCCGGAGGGCGGGAAGAUGGCGGCCUUGGGGUCCCCGGCGCGCACUCUGCGAGGCCUUCUGCGGGAGCUGCGCUACCUGAACGCGGCCGCCGGGCGGCCGUAUCGCGACAGUGCGGCCUAUCGGUACCUUGUGAAGGCGUUCCGCGCGCACCGGGUCACCAGUGAGAAGUUGUGCAGAGCCCAACAUGAACUGCAUUUCCAAGCUGCCACCUACCUCUGCCUGCUGCGCAGCGUCCGGGAACAUGUGGCUCUUCAUCAGGAAUUUCAUGGCAAGGGUGAGCGCUCCGUGGAGGAGUUGGCUGGCUUGGUGGGUCUCAAGUUGCCCCAUCAGCCUGGAGGGAAGGGCUGGGAGCCGUGAACUUGGAGAGACUCCUUGGAUGCUGCCUUCAUGUGCGCAUUGAAUCAUUUCUAUCCACGUGUAUGUAUCACUAAACAUUCUUUUAAAGUGUAGAGUUUUCUCUGUAAUUUUGUUCACUUGGUAGUUCUUGGAAUAAACUGGAAAAGAUUUCA